ACCGGUCGACAUCACAAUUUCUCUCCCCUUUCCUUUGUUCACGCUCAAUUGUCGCAUUCAACAAAAUUCACUUCAUACUUUCAACUUCAACUCAUCUCUCUCUCUUUCUCUCAUUCUCUGCAAUGCCAGUUUCUUCUUCCAUUUCUUCACUCAAAUUUAUGCGUCUAUUUCAAAUACCCAACUGAUUUCCGCAAAACAUUCGUUUACCGUUUUCCGUACAUCGUCGGCAUCAUCAUAGAUCAAUCAAUCACUUCGGCAUGAUCGACUCGGUUUUCCAGUUUCUCGUGCCGUCUUUAUGGGAAGUCGAGAUCACUUUCGCCGCCGCUGUUUUCAUCAUCGCCUCUUACUGUUUCUUUACGUACAGCGGCGAUUGCGGUUCCUACGAUGCCGAUUACGUUCACAAUCAAGCUCUGGCUGAGAAUUCGGCCACUGUUGAUGGUACUGACGAGAGGGAAAAGAUACCAGGAGACUCUCAGUCAGGCACUAAUUACAUGAUCAAGGUGGAACUAUUAGCAGCGAAAAAUCUAAUUGCUGCCAAUUUGAACGGCACAUCGGAUCCUUAUGCAAUGAUCACCUGUGGUACAGAAAAGCUAUUCAGCUCAAUGAUUCCAGGUUCAAGAAAUCCUAUUUGGGGAGAGGAAUUCAACUUUUCUGUUGACAAUCUUCCUGCCAAGAUUAAUGUGACAAUAUAUGACUGGGACAUAAUUUGGAAAAGUGCUGUUAUUGGUUCAGUGACUGUUCCAGUUGAAAGUCAAGGUCAGACUGGUGCUGUAUGGUAUACACUAGACAGCACCUCAGGUCAGGUCUGUCUUCACAUUAAGACCAUCAAACUUGCUACAAAUUCAUCCAGGAUCUUGAAUCGAAGGAGAAUAUCCGAACAAGGAGCAAUAGUUGUUCAUCAGAAACCUGGGCCUUUGCAAACAAUAUUUAAUUUUCUUCCAGAUGAGGUUGCUGAGCACAGCUUUUCAUGUGCCCUUGAGAGAUCCUUCCUCUAUCAUGGUCGCAUGUAUGUUUCUGCAUGGCACAUUUGCUUUCAUUCAAAUGUGUUCUCCAAGCAAAUGAAGGUUAUUAUACCACUUGGUGAUAUAGAUGAAAUACGGAGGAGCCAACAUGCAGUUAUCAAUCCUGCCAUUACUAUAAUUCUUCGGGUGGGUGCUGGAGGACAUGGUGUACCCCCAUUGGGAAAUCCUGAUGGUAGAGUCAGGUACAUGUUUGCAUCAUUUUGGAACAGAAAUCAUGCUGUGAGAGCUUUACAGCGCCAUGUCAAGAACUACAUUGCAAUGAUAGAAGCUGAGAAAAAGGAGGAGGCACAGUCGGCACUUCGAGCUCAUAGCAGCUCUGCUAAAGCCAUCAAAGAGCUGGCAAAGGUUCCCAGUGAGACUGCACCAAAACCUGUGAAAUUUCAGUCCUUUAUCAACGAAGAUAUUCUUGUCAGCAUACCUAGUGGUGUUUUUGCAAGCACAGCUGAACAAUACUUUGAUAUAGUGUUGAGUGAUGGUUCAAAUUUUACGAAUGAGUAUCGAGCAAUCAGAAAGGACACAAAUCUCUCUGUUGGCCCAUGGCAUGCUGCUAAUGAAUACGAGGGUCAAGUCAGAGAGAUAAAACUGAGAGCCCUAUGUAACAGUCCCAUGUGCCCUGCAGACACUGCAAUGACAGAAUGGCAGCAUGCAGUUUUCUCUCCAGAUAAAAAGAAACUGGUUUUUGAGACUGUACAACAAGCACAUGAUGUUCCUUUUGGAUCUUACUUUGAGGUUCAUUGCCAAUGGACUUUGGAGACUAGCUCUGAGUCCUCAUGCAAUGCUCAUAUACGAGUAGGUGCUCAUUUCAAGAAAUGGUGUGUGAUGCAAUCAAAAAUAAAGUCUAGCGCAAUCAAUGAGUGUAAGAAAGAGGUAGGGUUGAUACUAGAGGUGGCGAAUUCAUUCAUUAAAUCGAAGACUUCUGGUAGUGAACUUAACAACAUGGUGGUAUCUAUUCCUUCAACUGUUGAAGAGAGUGCUUCUUGAAUACACAAAUCCUUGUUAAUUUGAUUUUUUUGAAAAUUUCUUGGGAGGGAGGGGAGGGGUCAUCAUGUAAUCACCACAUAGGGACAACAACUAAAGUUUACCUAAUUAUUGUUCCAACAUUGGAGGAUCAAUCUGUUAGUUGUUGUAUAUAUGAAUAUCUAUAGAUUAUACAGAGUUCUUUUGAGUUGCAAAACCUUCUAGUUUAUU